AUGAGGCUGAUGUUACAGCGACAUCGUGUAAGACCAAUCUACGAGAGCAUAUUCCAAAGACAAACAGAACGAUUAGCUACUUCUUUUACUCUCUCGAAAUUUGUUACAUCAGCCAAGACGAGAUUUGUUGUACCUUCCUUGCGGUUACGGAGAUAUCACCAAGCAGCAAUGUCGACAUCAAACCCCACCCCCGAGGAGCCGACAAAGGCUGUUGAGGAGAAGACAGAGACUGUGGUAGAGGAGCUGCCGCCUCUGUCGGACCGGGACUUUAAGGUUUAUAACCGUCUUGCUGUGAAGAUGGACUACUUUCAUGACCACUUCCGCCGUUCAUGGAACCUCCUCUGGGGAGCAUGCACAACCAACAAGCGGCCGCAGGGCAUGUCGCUCAAGCAGUUCAUUCUCGAGGGCAUCCAAUUUGCCGAUAACCUCACGGCGCACCACGGCAUCGAGGAGACGUACGUCUUCCCCGUGCUGGCCAAGAAGAUGCCCGAGUUCCGAGGCGGUCGGGCUGAGCUCCUACGCCAGCAUAAGCAGAUUCAUGCUGGGCUUGAUGUCUUUGCAGAGUACCUCCGGCAGUGCAGGGCCGGCGAGGUCGAUUUUGAGAUGGACGUGCUUAAGGAAAAGAUGGAGGGGUGGGGAGAGGUGCUGUGGAAGCAUCUGGAUGAGGAGGUCAAGACGCUGGGAGCGGAGAAUAUGAGGAGGUAUUGGACAAAGGAGGAGAUUAUGAGGUUGCCAAUGUGA